GGGGAGAGGCCAGCCCCUCAGCGCUGCCCGGCAGCGUUUGGCCUGCCCGGGCCGUCCUCGAGCUCGGGGCUCCGGGACUCGGGCUCCUGCCCGACGCCGAGGCGGCUACCCGGUGGAGCGGGGAGCUCGGGGCCUGCCCCGGGUGGCUGUAGGGCUCCGGUGGGUGCCGCUCCCGGAGUGUCAGGCAGCGACGGGCAGCUAAAGCCCUUCUUUUAGGGAGAGAAACCUGGAUCCCGGUGUCCAAGGCGGACUGCAGCCGGUGAGCUGUAUCGGUGGCUUAGAAGCCGACCGAGAUGGGGUCCGUCACCACCGGCAAACUGCUGGGGGGUUGCAGAGCUCUGGGCAGCGCAAGGCCGCAUCCCUGGGUGCGGGAAACAGAGCGGGAUUUCCCCCGACUGCGUGCGGGGCCAUGGCUUGUGGAACGGGGGGUUGAACCGGGGCUCAGUGCUGAUUUCGACCCAUGCUGGGUGAAAGCAGGUUCCUCUGCCCGCGGCGCAGGUGAGAAACUGGUCCGGUAGGCCUCCCCCAGAAGAGGAACCGGCUCGUGGCAGCGGGUGCCUCGUGGAGUGUGGCAUUCCUCACAAGCCCGCCUGUCUGAUGCCGCAUUGGAAGUGGAGAGUGCCGCUAUGGAGCGCAGGGAUGGAGGCCACGCUCUGUAUCCACACGUGCCUUUGGCUGAGCACUGCCUGGAUCCCCCUGGCAUCGUCAGACGGACUGGCCUGCAGUGGGGAGCGCGCUCCCAGCACUGAAGCCUGGCACGUCAAGUUGACGUGGGCCGUCAGCUUGGACGCGCCUGAGGAGGAGCUGGAGCAGCGGGCAGAGGAGCUGGCCCGGACCGCGGGGCUGGUGAACAUGGGCCGCGUCGGGGAGCUCAAGGGCCAUUACCUCUUCACCUACCAGCCUGACGGCCGCACAGCAAGCGAACCUGAAGCAAUAAGGAGGUCGGUGGACACUUUGUUUGCACAGCAUGACAGCGUGCGGUGGCACUCGGAACAGAAGCUUCUGAAACGUUCCAAACGCAGCCUGCACUUUAACGAUCCCAAAUACCCCCAGCAGUGGCAUCUGAACAACCGCAAGAGCCCCGGGAAGGACAUUAAUGUCACAGGCGUCUGGGAGCGGAACGUGACGGGGCGCGGUGUGACGGUGGUGGUGGUGGAUGACGGCGUGGAGCACACCAUCAAAGACAUAGAGCCAAAUUACAGCCCAGAAGGCAGCUAUGACUUGAACUCCAACGAUCCUGACCCUAUGCCUCACCCCGAUGAGGAGAAUGGCAACCACCAUGGGACCCGCUGCGCCGGGGAGAUUGCUGCUGUGCCAAACAACAGCUUCUGCACGGUGGGGGUUGCCUAUGGGAGCCGCAUUGCAGGCAUCCGAGUGCUGGAUGGGCCCCUCACCGAUAGCAUGGAGGCCAUUGCCUUCAACAAGCACUAUCAGAUCAACGACAUCUACAGCUGCAGCUGGGGUCCAGAUGACGAUGGGAAAACUGUGGAUGGCCCCCAUCAACUGGGAAAGGCCGCCCUGCAGCAUGGCGUGAUAGCGGGUCGCAGGGGCUUUGGGAGCAUUUUCGUUGUGGCCAGUGGCAACGGUGGGCAACACAGUGACAACUGCAACUAUGACGGUUACGCUAACUCCAUCUACACUGUCACGAUAGGUGCGGUGGACGAGACGGGCUCCAUGCCGUUCUAUGCCGAGGAGUGUGCCUCCAUGCUAGCGGUGACCUUCAGCGGCGGGGACAAGAUGAUGAGGAGCAUUGUGACAACAGACUGGGAUUUGCAGAAGGGCACGGGCUGCACGGAGGGCCACACGGGGACAUCAGCUGCCGCCCCUCUUGCAGCCGGGAUGAUUGCGCUGAUGCUGCAGGUGCGGCCAUGUCUCACCUGGCGAGACGUCCAGCACAUCAUUGUCUUCACCGCCACCAAGUACGAGGAUCGCCACGCGAAGUGGGACAUCAACCAGGCCGGCUUCAGCCAUAGCCAUCAGCAUGGCUUUGGCUUGCUGAAUGCCUGGAGGCUGGUGAAUGCUGCCAAGAUCUGGGAGUCCGUCCCGUACCUUGCCUCAUACGUGAGCCCUGCACUGAAGGAGGGCAGGAGCAUCCCGUUACUCCCGCAGGAGCUGGAGGUCACCUGGAAUGUCACCACCGCUGACCUGGAGCUCUCCGGCAUGAGAACCCUGGAGCACGUGGCAGUCACCGUCACCAUAACCCACCCCCGCCGCGGCAACCUGGAGAUCAGGCUCUUCUGCCCCAGCGGCAUGAUGUCCCUGAUAGGGACCACCAGGAGCAUGGACUCGGACCCCAAUGGCUUUGCUGACUGGACCUUCUCCACGGUCCGGUGUUGGGGCGAGGAAGCACAGGGCACGUACAGACUGGUCAUCAGGGACAUUGGAGAUGAGAGCCUAAGGCCUGGGACCUUGAAGCAGUGGCAGCUGACCCUGUACGGCUCCUCCUGGUCCCCAGCAGAGAUGAAGGAACGGCAGAGGCUGCUGGAGGAAGCCAUGAGUGGGCAGUACCUGAGCAGCGACUUCUCCCUGCCCUGCCCUCCGGGGCUGGAGAUCCCCGAGGAGCAGCACUACACAAUCACAGCCAACACCCUCAAGACCCUCCUGCUGUUGGGCUGCUUUGCUGUGUUCUGGACUUUCUACUACAUGCUGGAGGUUUGCCUGACCAGGAACAACGUGGGGCUUGACCUGACCUGCAAUGGCUCCACCACCUGCAAAUGGUACCAGCAGGGAGGGAAGCACAGAGCCCUGGAGAGCGGCCUGGAGAUGGAGUCUGUGCCGCUCUACCGGGAGAAGGACAUCGAGGAUGUUGAGAUGGAGUGUGAGCACCCAGAGCCUGCCCAGGAGGGCGAGGGGUACGAGGGAUCCUGGACCCCCACCCACCCCAGACUUCCCAGCAGCGGCAGAGCCGCCAGCUUUCACGAGGCGGGCGCCGCUGGAGCGGGGUACCUUGACCGGGAGGCAACAGCCGAGCUCCUCUCGGAGGACAGGGAGCGCCAGACGUGCUAGCUGGGGCUGGGGGUUCAGGCUGCGUCCCUCCCUCUCGCUACGUCCUUCCCGAGCACAGGCAGCAGCGACUUCCUGAGCCACCAGGGACACUUGCCCUUGUGUCCUGCGGAAGGUGGUGUUGGAAGUGGCUCAGAAACGAGGAAGAGUGCUGGCAGUGGAAGGGGAGCUUCCCUUUCCCUCGCUCUGGAAAACAAAGCAAGCCUUAAACCCACACUGAACGGAGCCUGCCCUGCAGUGACACUCGGGGCUUCCCUUUGUGCGUGGAGCAAGGCCUCAUGAAGAUGCCUCCUGGGUGCGUGGUGGCCGUGGAGCGGCUCUGCACAGAGCCCCGUGCCCGCCACGGCCCCCCACGGCCUUGCAGCACGGGGAAGAAGUGUCGCUUUCUCCCUCAUUUCUGCAGAGUGAGCCUGGAAAACAUGGCAGGGCCCCUGGCAGCCGCCUCUGCAGGCAGGGAGCCCACAACACUGUCAUUCGCCUGCCCCACUGGGCUAGCAGCUGGCCAGUACCCACCAGUUACGCCCAGCUUCAAAGCGGGGAGCCAUUUUGCCAAUCUCCGACCCGCACUUGCUCCCUGUCCCCUGUGCUCUGAUCCACCACCUUCUCCUCCUCUCCCGCCAGCACACGAGCAGCCCUGCGGUUGGGGAGUCAGAAGGCAGCGAGGCUUUCUUGACUGCCCUGCUCAUGGGGGGGCAGGACGGGGCUGUCCCUGCUGUGGUGGGCGCAAAAGGUGGCAACUCAAGCUUGCCGCAGGUAGCGUGGCAGCACGAGCUCACUGCGGUCGCUUCCCUGGGUCUGCCUCCCCGCCGCUUGCUGGGGCUUUGGUCGGUGCCCAGGAGGGAUGAGGCCGUGGGUGAUGCCGGGUUUGGGCCAGGCAGGGGAGGUUGAGUUGCUCUGGCAGCGGCUAAUCUGCAAGCAGGGUUGGCUUGUUUGUGUGUCCUUGGGUUCCUUGGUUUAUUUUUUUAAAGCUGGGGUUUGUUUUUUAAUCGGCAAAGCCCUUUUGUGUAGCUUUCCAAAUAAAGUCUUAAAAAGCC